CUCCAGUGUUUAAUAUUGUUGUGAGAAAAAACCUGCCACGUAAUAAUAAGUUCACUAUCAGUACAAAUUUUACCUUCCAAUGGUAAUAUAAAAGAUACAUGUUGUGCUGAGUUGGCAAUAAUUAUUUUCUACACUGUGAUAGAGCCUGUGAAGUAUCUACAUCCUUCUCCACAGGAUGACUCAGCAAAUUUGGGGAGAAGAGUUCUCAAAAUCCACGAAAAUCUGGUGGGAAAAAUUGGCGGGCACCCAAAAUUUUUCAAUCGUCAAACUGAAAAGAUUGCAAUUCUCUUAUGUACAACUGAACCAAGAUUUACCUAGUUGAAAAAUUACAAUUGCCGAUCCAACAAAAAGAUUUUCUGAUGGACAGGGAUUCUGAAGAAUCUCAUCCUGGUUUUCAUUUGAAUUCAAGUGGAUUAUAUCCUUCUCAUGUUGACCUACAAUAUGGAGCCACUCCUACGUUUCAAAGCUUGUUGAACACUCCAAUGGUUAGAAAUCCAAUGGUAAUCAAUCAAGGUGGUGUUAACAAUGCUCAUUUUCCUAUCUACACUCCAAUGACCAGUUUUCAAACACAAAGUAACACUUCUUUGGGUAGUAAUCGAAUUCCUGUUAGCACUUCAACGGUCCCUUCUCAAAUUGGUGGUAAGACCACGGGCAUGAACAAUCAGAAUCAAGAAACGCCAAAAGGAUUAAAAAAGAGAGUUAAAGGUGUCCAAACUUCAAGCAGCAAAAAAGAUUGGGGUGUAGAAGAAGAAGAAGCUUUGACGAACGCAUGGUUGAAUGUGUCUUUGGACCCUAUUGUGGGUAACAAUCAAAAAGCUACUGCCAUGUGGGUUCGUAUCCAUCAAGUAUGGAAGGAAAACAUGGGGCCUGGAUGCAAAUAUCUUAGAUCGUCUAAUAGUUUACAAUGUCAUUGGUCCAUUAUUCAUGCAGCGGUAAACAACUUUGCAGGACAUUAUUCUAAACUAGAGAGGCAUCCUCAGAGUGGUACAAACUCAAAAGACUUGAUUCACAAGGCGUUGGGUAUGUACGAAGAUAUAGAAGGUAGCAAAUUCAAAUGGGUUCAUUGCUGGGAAAUAAUGAUGAAAAAUCCAAAAUGGCAGUCGAAACAUGAUAAGAACAUUGCACCAAAUAGACAAGCAGAUGAUGAAAACAAGUCGCCUACAUCUGAAGAGUCUUUACUGAAUAUCAUUGAUGAUAACGUAACACCUGAAGGUAAUAACUGUGAUGGUCGACCGAUGGGAAGAAAAAAUAGUAAAGAAAAGAAGAGAAAAUUGCAUGAUGAAAAAGGUGUGGUGGAUGCAUUAAACAACUUGCAGUCCACUUUGGCAAAGCAGAUCAGUAUCAAUGAAAAAAGUUUGGAGAUGAGAAAGAAAAAUGAGGAAGAAAAUAUCCAGUUGAAAAGGCAAGCACUAAACAGGGAGAUGGAAAUGAAGAUGAAGGAGCAAAGGAGAAAACGACAAGAACGGGUAAUGAACCAAGAUUUAAGUAAGCUUACACCUGUAGCUAGAGAUGCAUAUGAAGCCAUGCAAGUCAAGAUUUUGAAAGAAUGGGAAAAAGAUGAUAUAUUUGAAACUGAUGUGCCAAACUCACAGGAUUUUUGAGGCUUCAGCAAAAGACCUGGAGUAAUUUUAGAUUUGUGCAGGAUUGCCUUGCUGAACAUUUCCUUAAUGUAUUUUUUUUAAUUUUUUUUAAUUUUUUUUUCUAAUAUUGAACUAAUUUGUUGCUACUUUUAUUUAUGAGAUAAAUGGUGUCCAAUUGGAUUAUUUGUCAUACCAUGUCCAUGUUUUUUUUCAAAUAUAUAAACCAUCU